AUGAGUACCUAAAAAUACCUAGAUCGACACUUGCUGGCAGACCAGACUCCGAUCUAGUCAAAUAACUAAGUUCUGUCAAGCGCCAAUCACAACCACCUAGGAGCAAAUCAAAUGGGAUUCACCCCUUCAGUGCAUAAAAUGACUAACAACAAUAACGGCGGUGGCUCUUAGCCUGAUGUAGUAGGCGAGGAUCAACUCAUGGGGUAGAUGCGCAGACUUAUGCGUAUGAACAUCAAGAAUUUCUGUUACCAAGAUGCUAUUUUCUAUGCUGACAAGAUCCUUCACUUGAACCAGCCAGGAACUGAGAAAUUCAUAAAGGCCGUUUAUGAUCUAGCUCAUUGCUAUUUCUUGAAUCAGGAGUAUUUGAGAUGCGUGUAGUUGAUAGAGAAGUUUGACUUGGCUUUUCACAACGAGAAAUUCAGGAUUCUUACUGCUCAAGCUUUGUUUAACUCGCAGAAUAUUAAUGCUUGCAUUAACAAAGUGCAGUACUAAAUUCUAGGCUUGCAAAUACAGCAAUCAAACUAGAUGAUUAAUGUGCUUUAGAAAGACUUAGUACAGGAAAACGAGAUGCUCUAAGGCGGAGGCAACAUUAGCCAUAUUAGUUACAGUGAAGCUAAAAAUCAGGAUAAGGAAGAGAAACACUCCAAAUCUAGCAAGAAAGGUCUCACUCCUUAGUAAAAAGAAGAUUACUACAAAAGUUUAAGGUUUUUGCUUCUAGCAAAGUCUUAUGAAUCACUUGAGAACAAGAUCCAAGCUUGUUCAUUCUAUUAGGAGGCUCUGAAGUAUAAUCCAGAAAACUUCGAAGCAUUCAAUAGACUUAUCUCAAACUACCUCUUGACUAAGGAGGAAAAGAGAGCUCUGAUUGAUGAGUUAAGAUUUAGCCCAGAGAAUUUAUGGCUCAAAGACUACUACUAUUCAAGAAUUGAUUAGAGUUUGAGAUCUCCUGAUAAGGUUGAAGGAUAUAUGGCAGUCAAGUCCUAGCUUAAUAAUGUUUCACUUCAGAAUAAUAUUGGGGAUGAGAGUGGACUAAGUCCAUCUAGAUUCCCACCUACUGAGUAUCUAGACAAUGAGGAUCCUAAUGACACUCUCAGAAACCCUAAAAUUGGAGCAAAUGCCUUCUCACCACCUUUGAAUUAGCAUCAACUAGCCUAGAACAUGCAUCAUAAUAUGAAUUAGCAAGCCUUAGUCUAGGAAGUGUCAGUAGUUGAAGUUCUUAAUCACAGUGAAAGUUUUGACUUUAAGUAAAUUGAAGCUGAAAAAUUGUUUAAUGAGCAAAAUUACAUCAAGGCUUAUGAGAUUGUGAAGAAUGUUGUUGAUUCUGAUUUUUACUAUGUGAGUAUUGUCCCUCUCUACUGCUCAAUUUUGAUUGAGUUGAAUAAGGUUGGAGAACUUUACUACCUUGCUCACAAACUUGUAUCAGCUAAUCCUGAUCUUGCUGUUUCUUGGUUUGCAGUGGGAUCGUACUACUUCUUGAUAAAGAAGUAUGAUUUGGCUAGAAAGUAUUUCAACAAGGCUAACAGGCAAGAUAAGCACUUCGCUGCCUCGUGGAUUGCAUUUGGCCACUCAUUUGCUGCUCAAGAUGAAUCAGAUCAAGCUAUGGCUGCUUAUAGAACAGCAGCUAGACUCUUCCCAGGAUGCCACUUGGCCUCUCUAUUUAUUGGUAUGGAAUAUCUCAGAACCAAUAACCUCAAGACUGCACUGCUAUCUUUCUAAGAAGCCUAAAGAAUCUGCUACAACUCUGAUCCUUUGGUGUUUAAUGAGAUGGGUGUGGUUUACUACAGACAAAAAGACUAUGAGAAGGCUAAUAACUGUUUUGCUAGUUCAUUAAGUCUUUGCAAUGAGAGCAAUUCAAAGACUUAUGAGACUAUUCUCAUUAAUCUUGGUCAUUGCCACAGAAAGAUUAAAGACUAUGAUGCUGCUAUCCAGUUGUAUGAAAAGUGUCUAUCCCUAAACCCAAAGAAUCCAUCUACAUACACUGCUCUUGGAUUCGCCUAUCACUUAAAGGGUGAUUUCAAGCAAGCUCUUAAUUGCUACCACAAAGCAAGUUUCCUUAAGAACGAAGACCCAUUAACUGAGGAGUUAGUACAAAGAGCUCUUGAAGAUAUUAACUCUUGCACGAUAGAACAAGCCUAUCUCAGCGAUGAUCAAGCUAUCAGAUGA